GUGUUAUAAACUGUAAAUUUCCUUUAAAUAAGAAUGUUUUUAAAUUUACCCCUUGCAUCGACACCGUUCAAAUUAGCCAGACAGAUAACAGCGUUCGCAUUUCAAUCAUCGAAGGCAAUCCGGGAUCCUUCAAACGCCGAUGCGGUGGCGGCGGUCGGGGAGCUAUCGGCGCUUCACGCACUGGAGAAUAUGAAGUCUCGGAUGAUGGCCGAUCUCACCGGCCGAGCCAUUCUUCUCAAACAACCCCUCGUAACAGAUGAGUUGCUUGCCGUUGCGGAGAAACAGCCAGUGCACACCUUUGGCCGCCGUUAUGUCGCCUACAUGAUUCACAACCGGUUCAACCCCGAUGACCGUACCCCAGUCUUGUAUAUUGCUGAUCCUAUUCUUCGGUAUAUCAUGACACGGUAUCGUCAAUGCCAUGAUUUUUUGCACACUCUAUCGGGUUGCGGACGAACAGUGGAGGAAGAGUUAGUGGUAAAAAUUCUUGAAUGGCAACACACCGGACUACCUCUGGGUUUUCUUUCGCUUCUUGGGGGAGGCGUAUAUCUUACCAGUGAACAGCGACAAAAACUGAAGAUCUACUGGGAAUGGGGAAAGGAAAAUUCACCGCGGUGCGUCCACGGAGAAAAGCAGAUACCUUUUUAUUUAAAUAUCGACUGGGAGGCGAUGAUAUGUAAGCCUUUUGAUGAGGUCGUAGCUAUUACAGGUAUAACACCGCUGCCUGAGUAUUUGAAAAAGUCUCGUGAACGCAGGAAUUGAAUGAAGAUAUUAGUGUGAAUAGGUUUUAUGAUCUAGUGUAGAAGCAAAAGGGAAUGCAUGUCGAGAGCUUUAUGAAAGAAAGAA